UGACAAAGGAAAGAUGACAUGGUAAGGCCAGCAUAAUGGUCAGGGGAGCGGGAUCGUGGGCACCCCAGCCCAUGCCGUUUCCAGCACUGUCCACCCCCGUACGCCCACUCCCGCACCUCUUCGCUCCCGUACACUCUCUUCUGCGCUUGUCUUUUCCCAUUGUGGUCUUCGUGUUAGUUCAUUUCGUCAAGGUAUCUACUUCAGUGUCAGUACCAAAAGAAAAUACAGUUCGUUUCUUGAAAGAUAAUUACAAUGUCAGCAUAUAUGAGAAUUCUCUACCACGGACUUAUGUGACAGGGGAACACCUAAUGGGUGUGGAGUUGGAAGGUUUGCCUCCUGGUGCUGAUGUGGUAUUUUCUAUACAAGAUGGAGAUCAAGAUGGCUUUUUCACAGCCGAAACAGAAGUUGUGGGUGGGAUUGCAGUUUUGCAUUUGAGAACCAGGACAGGGUUGAGGGAUGUGCUCAACAGAGAGAGAAGAGCUUUCUAUGUGUUGGAAGUGGAAGCACGGGUCAGGACAAUUCAUCUCAGGUCAGCAUUUCUUCCGGGCCAGACCAAGGUCACAGUUAUAGUAAAAGAUAUGAAUGACAAUAUUCCCUUGUUUUAUCCCACCAAGUACCAAGUUAGUGUAGGAGAAGAUGCCACCCUUCACACACAACUCCUCUCAGUGAAAGCACAUGAUGCUGAUGAAGGGUACAAUGGCCAAGUUUACUAUUCACUAGAGAAUCAUAUGACAAACCUUUUUGCAGUGCAUCCUACUACAGGUGUGCUUAGUGUCACAAGACCACUUGCUUACAGACAUAUGCACGUGCAUACAGUUAAUAUUUUAGCUCAAGAUCGGGGAUUGCAGCCAUGGAACUUCCGGCCAUCAGAUGCUGCACGGGCAGUUGUGGAGGUGCAAGUUCAGCAAGUAAAUAUACAUCCUCCACGGAUCCAUGUACAUCAUUUACCUCAUGUAGUAGAACAUGCACAUACAUACAUAUAUGCUAUCAUAAAUGUUGAUGAUGAAGAUGAAGGUGAUAGUGGUAGAAUAGAGUCUGUCCAAAUUAUUAAUGGAGACCCUGCCAGACUUUUUAGCAUAACACAAGGUUCUAAGAGCAAAGAGUAUAAUUUGGUGGUACUCAAGAUUUUAGAUAGAGAAUUAGCUCCUGGAGGUUAUAACCUGACACUGCUAGCUACUGAUGCUGGUAUUCCAUCCCAGCUUACCAGAGAAAGUGUGCAUGUCAACAUCGCUGAUGUAAAUGAUCAUGCUCCGGUAUUUGCCAGGGAGCAAUAUGAAGAGGCAGUGAGUGAAGAGGCGCCACCACAUACCCCUGUAGUACGAGUUGCCGCAUCUGACACUGACCAAGGUAUUAAUGGCAGAGUUUUAUUUAGAAUAGUUGCUGGAAAUGAAGAUGAAAAAUUCAGUAUCAAUCCACGAACAGGCCUGAUAACUACAGCUGAGUGGUUAGAUCAUGAGGAUACUGCAUACUACAGUGUAACAGUGGCUGCAGUAGACCAAGCUAGCAAUGCUCGUAGGAAGCAGUCUUCAGCAAAGGUGAUUAUACGUGUUCUGGAUGCAAAUGAUAAUGCACCACAAUUUAACACUCCAAAUACAGAAGUCAUACUUGAUGAAAAUGAACCUAGAGGAUCCUAUGUCACUAGGGUCAUUGCAACAGAUCAAGACUCUGGUGAAAAUGGAUUUAUUUCCUAUAGUAUUGCGAAUCUCGAUCCAGUGCCUUUCAGUAUUGAUCCUUUUGAUGGUGUGAUAAGAACGUCAUCUGUUUUGGAUUAUGAAACUGAAAGACGGGUAUACACAAUAAAAGUUCGUGCAUCUGACUGGGGUACACCCUUUAAACGAGAAACAGAAACAACUGUUAAAGUAAAAGUUAGAGAUGUCAAUGAUAAUAGGCCACAAUUUGAAGGAACAGAUUGUAAAGGUUGGAUAUCAACUGAUGCACCAGUUGGAACUAAUGUUCUCACAAUGUCUGCUCUAGACCUGGAUGCUGAUAGUGUUGUGACAUAUAAAUUGCAAGGGGACAUGGAAGAAGAAUGUUGGGGCCUUGAUGCCUCUUCUGGGGUGCUUGCUCUUACAUGUGAUUUAAAAAGAAGUGAAAGAGAUGGCGAAAGAUCUCGGACUUUUGUUCUUAACGUGACAGCUACAGAUGGUUCACAUGUUUCUGAUGCUACAAGCAUAACUUUGGCAGUUAUCACUCAACGGGGACCAGACCAGACAGUUCACCAACACUCACAUGUUGAGUGUCAAGCAACCGGCAUUAGUAACAACAUGUCAGAGGUUUUAGCAGCUGGAGCAGACAUUAAUGCUGCAGUAGAACAUUAUGCUCUAAUGCCACUACGGUAUGGAUAUAAUACCCAUCCACCUGAUUUACCUGAGAAUUUGCCAGUUACUGUUAAUAUCCAGGAAGAUACUGAGGUUGGAAGUGAGAUCCUUACCAUCAAUGCUACUGAUCAUGAUCGAGGUUAUAAUGGUCGUGUUGUGUAUGCAAUAACUGGAGGCGACAUAGAUUCUGUGUUCAAAAUUGGCAUUGAGUCAGGGGUUUUAGAGGUAUGGUCAGAAUUAGACCAUGAGCGAAACCCUGAGUAUAUACUGAAUAUCACUGUAUAUGACUUGGGUGUACCUCAUCGUAGUGUAACUAUGAAUCUAACUGUCCAUGUUACUGAUGUAAAUGAUAAUGCACCAGAGUUUAGUCGUGUAAGCUACAGUCUUCACCUACCAGAAAAUACACGCAACGGUACCAGUGUUGCUCAACUCAGUGCUCAGGAUGCAGAUGAUGGACUAAAUGCAAAAAUCACAUAUGAACUUGUAACAGAUGUAAAUGAAUUCACAGUUGAACGGGAGACUGGGAUUGUAUAUGUUUCUGGUACAUUAGACAGAGAGAGACGGAGUGAAUAUGACCUUCGUGUCCGGGCAUGGGACAGUGCACCAGAAAAUCCACGUUCUGCCCUUGCCAGGGUUCUUGUUUCAAUUCUUGACAUAAAUGACUGUGCCCCAGAAUUCCAUGCAGCUAGCAGACUUGUGGUGGACAUUCCAGAAGAUCUUCCUCUGGGAGCUGUGGUUGCUACUCUUCAGGCAACUGAUCAAGAUUUAAGUUUGGGUGGUAUGGUCAGCUACAGUCUCCUCAAUGGUCAUGAUGAUGUAUUCCGAAUAGAUAAGGAAACAGGUGUGGUAAGAGUGACCGGGCCCCUGGACUUUGAAACUCAGCAGUCUUAUAACUUAACAGUACAAGCAAGAGAUGGUGGUAUUCCAGCCCUAGAAACGCAUGCUGUGCUACUCAUACACAUAAAUGAUGUAGAUGAAAAUUUAGGGCCUCCAAGAUUCCCCAAAAGAGUUGAGCGAGGAUGGGUAAGAGAGAAUCUAGCUCCGGGAGCCAUUGUGACUACUAUAAUGGCAAGAGAUCCAGACUCUAGUUCCCUUACUUACACCAUAACAGCUGGGGAUGGACUGGGAUACUUCUCCAUCGAUGAAAAAGGAACGGUGAGGACAGUGGCGGUUCUUGAUCGAGAGGCUGCAAGAGGAUACUGGUUAACCCUUGUUGUAAAGGACGAUGGUGCUGUGCCUUUAACCGAUACGUGUCACCUCUAUGUGGAGGUAGAAGAUGUGAAUGACCAUAUCCCUCAGACCGAGGAUCCUUCAUACCACCCAUACGUGGCCGAAGAUUCAGCUCCAGGAACCUCUGUUAUUGCCCUCACGGCCUCCGACGGCGAUCUUACUCUCUCCAACCUCUCCUUUGCCAUCACUAAGGGCAAUGAUGAAUCACAUUUCCAGAUUAAUGCAGUUACAGGGUUGGUCACUACGGCUUGGACUCUAGAUAGGGAAACUCGGCCAGAAUAUGAGAUAUGGGUGACUGUCUCGGAUGGACAGCUUUCCUCAGUCACUCCCAUCUUCAUCACAGUCACCGAUGUCAACGACAACCCUCCUGAAUUUUUAGAGGCCUUGUACCGUGUUACUAUACCUGCACGACCGAAGACCAAAAAGAGGGAGGCUUUAUUCAGGCCCGACCCUGUGGACGAUGGUGGGGAGGCAGUGUGGGCGUGGGGGGACUGGGUGUCUUUCUCACCCACACAGAUCACCGGCCAAGACAUCGCCUUGUUCAGGGUAUUCGCCAAGGACAUUGACGUAGGCAUGAAUGCUGAUUUGGACUACAGCAUAAAGACAGGCAAAGGGAAAGGACGCUUCAAGAUUCACCCAAAGACAGGCCAGGUGUUCACCAGCAAAGCAUUUGCUCCAGGACAGACCUUCGACAUUAUGGUUCAGGCUAAGGACAACGGCCGACCACAGCUUAGCGCGACCACCAGGGUGCUGGUCAGGGUAGUGCCAGUGCCGGCGUCCUCGGAGAAUCCUCCAGUGGUUCCGACGCCCAUCCCCGUCCACGUGAUGGAAACCGACCCGCCCGGACACCUGGUGGCGUUCGUCAGCGCCCACGACCCAGACAAUGAUACGCUCUGGUACUACCUCACAGAAGGGGAUGAAGCUGGACGAUUCAGCAUGGGGGUCGACUCCGGAAUCCUGAGUCUCGCUCGGCGGUUGGACCACGAGGAUCAGUACCAUUACACCCUCACUCUGGCAGUUACCGACGGCGUGCAUACCGUAACAACGCAGUUGGCCGUGGAAGUAAUGGACGCCAAUGACCACCGGCCUGUCUUCAGCGCGCCCUUGUACGAGGCCAGCGUCAGUGAAGCAGCUGCCCCAGGAACCACCAUAUUGGGCCUCCAGUGUCGCGAUAAAGAUAAUUCGCCAUCUACUUCCUCCUCAGUUUAUUUCUCUCUACAUCACGCUCAUGCAAUAGCUACCCAUGGGCUCUUCACAAUUGAUUCUUCCAAUGGGGACGUCAUUGUUGCUAAACCGCUGGACAGAGAAGUGUCCAGCACGCACAUCCUGACAGCAGGCUGCCGAGACAGGGGUCAGCGGGAGGGCGCUGACUAUACCAGGAUACGUGUGACAGUGACAGAUGACAAUGAUCACGAUCCGGUCUUUCUAGAGAAUAUGAUCCUUGCAAAAGUCAGCUCUGGCUCAGCCGUCGGGACAGCGGUCGCUCGCGUCGUGGCGCUCGACCACGACAAGGCGGAGAACGGCCGACUCUCCUACUCCAUUGCAGAAGGGAACGCUGGCGGCACCUUCAGCAUUAGCCCUCACUUGGGAGUGAUAACGCUGCGACAAGAUCUGCGAGACGAGCGGUCCUCGGAGUACCUGCUGCUCGUGCGCGCGGUGGACCACGGCUUCGAGGCCCGGGCUGCCUCCGUCCCGGUCCGCGUGGUCGUGACGUCGGCCCCCGACGCUCCGCCCGUGUGGCAAGAUGACGCCUCCCAAGUGGUCGAAAUCGGGGAGUGGACGACGGUAGGCUCGGCUGUGGCCCGGCUGACCGCGACGUCACCUUCGUCUUUGCAUUACACGGUCACUGCUGGGAAUGACGACGGAGUCUUUCUCGUGAGCCCGGCUUCAGGCGUGGUGAGCCUGGCGGCGCCUCUAGACUACGAGACCACAGGCUGGUAUAACCUUACGGUCGCCGCCACUAAUCUCGCCGGUGUAUCACGAAGCACGUGGCUAGGAAUAACGGUGCUGGAUGAAAACGACUGGUGGCCGGAGUGGGACCAUUAUGUGUAUGAAGGAACCGUCUUGCAGAAUGCCCCCGUGAACGCUCCAGUGUUGGCCACCCAAACACACAGUGGCCGUGAUCCGGCCCCUCUUACAGUCUCUGCUACCGACCGUGAUCAAGGUUUAAAUGGUCGGAUAACAUUUAGCAUUGUAGAAAAGGAUAUGAUGCAGUACUUCUCCAUUGACUCUUUCACAGGAGCAGUUCGGGUGGCCGGUCCCCUGGGCGACUUAGCGGGAGCGGCGAGGCUGAGCGUGUGGGCGCGAGACGGGGGGAGUCCCCGAAGAGAGUGCUUGGCUCCCGCCCGCGUGGUCAUCAGUGUAAUACCCGUGAAGGUUCCCUCGAAAGCUUUCAGUCGCUCGGUCUACACAGCUGAUUUGUACUUGCCCACCGUCCCUGGGGUGCGCGUGUUCUGCGUAGGCCAGGUCAAUCUCCAGGAGCAGCGUCAUUUGCAUUCUUCCCCGCAGCUUAAUUAUACUGUGAUAAACGGUGAUGAAACCAGACGAUUUGCAUUCGAUAGCGAAAACAAAUGUCUUAUUGUGCGUGAUCAUCUGAAUCUCAGCCCACACUACAAUUUAACUAUUCAAGCUGUGGAUGGAACUACAGUAUCCACAGCCGUGGCAGAAGUAUUUGUUCAGGAUGUCCCUCAGUUGCCUUUGUCGUUCAUGCAAGAUAAGUACUGGGCGAGCGUCUAUGAAAACUCAACCAAGGAAAUAAAUGUUGUCGUUUUGGGCGUGAAGGGACAGCCUCUCAAUAGCCACACACUCUACUCGAUCCUCAACCCAAACGAAAACUUCGAAAUCCGGUCCACCGCCGGCAUCAUCAAGACAACAGGAAAGCCCUUCGACCGCGAGACCAAAGACCACUACACACUCGUCAUCCAGGCAAAAGAUGCUGAAGAUGAGAGGAACGUCGCGCAGGUGCUCGUGCACGUGGCAGUGAUGGACGUGAAUGACAAUGAGCCCGUAUUCGUCGGUCAGCCAUACUACGCUUUGGUUUCCACAACGGCGGCGCGAGGAUACAUUGUGACCAAGGUGCGGGCAGUGGAUGCUGAUGCCGGCGAUUUUGGGAGCGUCCGCUACGAAUUAGUGCGGGGCAGCGGCGAACUGUUUGCAGUUAACAAGCAAACGGGCGAGAUCUCCCUGAAGCAGCCUCUGAUGGUGGCGGACAAGACGUACAGCCUCACCGUCGCGGCCUACGACGGCGGGAAGAUGCCGCUCAGCUCGCAGGCUCACGUGCUCAUACGAGUGGUGUCCUCGGAGGGCCCUGUCUUCACUUCAGGCCACUACUUGGCGUCCAUUCACGAAGACGCUCGCUUGGGGUCGCCUGUGCUGAGGGUCGAGGCCGCCGGUUCUUCGGGCGCGCCCCUCAUGUACACGAUUGUUGCGGGGAACACCCACGAGGAAUUUGCUCUCGAGUACACUUCUGGCGUGGUGCAGACAUUAGGCUCCCUUGACUACGAGAGCGUGCGCACUCAUAACCUGAGUGUUAGGGCGCGGGACCCCGUGACAGGCGGGCACACAGACGCCCAAAUCACCAUCUCUGUGAUAGACGUGAAUGACAACCCGCCGGUGUUCAGCAGCCAAGUGUUCAAGGCGCAGGUGUCCGAGGCGGCGUCCCCCGGCCACGUUGUGGUGCAGGUCGCGGCGACCGACCAGGACACGGGUGCGGGCGGCCGCGUGCGGUUCUCGUGCGAGUCGGAGUGCGACUUCUUCCACGUGGGCGAAAAUGACGGCGUUGUGGCGGUGGCGCGGCGCCUGGACGCGGAGACGAAGGCGCAGCAUACGCUCACAGUCAGGGCCACCGACGCCGGCCUGCCGCAGCUGUCGUCCACCGCCGCACUCAUCAUCCAAGUGACAGACUUCAACGACAACGCUCCCGUCUGGCGGCAAGACAGCUACUCCUGCCGCGUGUCCUCGGAGGCUCAGCCGGGACAUGUCGUUUCUGCGCUGACUGCGUACGACCCAGACGUCGGGGAAACCACACACCUGCGCUACGGCAUCCACUCAGGGGACCGUGCCGACAUCUUCAAGAUAGACCCUUUGACAGGUAUCAUCGUGGUCACGUCGCCCAAGAAGUUGGAAAAUAUGACAUCAGCGAAUCUCAAUAUCUCCGUCAACGAUGGAGUCCAUGUCGCCUUCACUGGGCUCAGGGUGACGGUCACGCCCUCGAACCAUCACACGCCAAGAUUCGAACGGCCUGUAUACGAAGGUUGGGUGGACGAGAACAAUGCCCCCGGGCAGUUCGUCCUUACGCUGAAGGCCCACGACCCCGACGGAGGAGAGUUCGGAGCGCUCGAGUACACCAUCCUGUACCAGAGCCUAGAGGGAUCGUUCGCCAUAGACAAGGAAGGAAACCUGUACACAGAAACCCCAUUAGAUCGCGAGACGGUUAGCCUGCACGUCUUGCGCGUGUCUGCGCAGGACGGCGGAGGACGCGCGGCCUUCGCGGAGGUGCGCGUGUCGGUGCGCGACAGGAACGACAACGCUCCCAAAUUCAGGCUCCUGGAAUAUCAAGCGAAUAUCAACACCGAUAUGCUUCCAGGCUCUAGUAUCCUUAAGGUUGAAUCGAACGACCCAGACGAAGGGAAAAAUAGCGAAGUGCAAUAUCACAUGUACGAGGCCAACAGCUCGGAGGCCCUGACGCUGUUCAGAAUUGAUCCGCGGAAUGGCGUAGUCACACUGUCGGGAAAUAUCUUAGAGCGAGAAAACGAAGUAUAUCAGUUCUUCAUUCGUGCGGAGGACGGGGGUUCCCCACGGCACCACAGUGACGUGCCAGUCACCAUUUUCUUAUUGGCACCGGAAGACCGACCCCCACGUUCCUCCCGCCAGUAUGCACAGUUCUUUCUUCGAGAAGACGCCGCCAUCGGUACAGUGAUAACAACGCUUUGGAUGGACGGGCCCCAAGAAGUGGAGUACACUAUCAUAGUGGAUGAGCCAGCGGGCAUGGAGACUGGGGAAAAGGAGUCCACUACGCAGGACUCUCGGCUUUUCGGCCUGACGUCCUCAGGCCAGCUGGUGGUACAGGGGGUGCUGGACCACGAGAAGUGGCCGACGCACCGCAUCACAGUUAUCAACCACACUCUUGCCACUCCUCCCACCCUGGAUUACAUGACCAUCUCUGUCGUGGUGAUGGAUGUGAACGACUGCUCGCCGCGUUUCGGGUUCAACAGUUACGUGGCUGACGUGAGCGAAAACAGCGAGAUCGGUUCAGUUAUAACAAUCGUCACUGCAACGGAUGAUGACGACGGGAAUAACGGCCAGGUUCAAUAUAGUAUGAAUGAAGACGAGGAAGUCAUCAGGUCGACGUUCCGGAUCGACCCCCACACGGGCACGCUGACCCUGUCCGCCCAGCUGGACCGGGAGGCCGCCCCCAAGUACACUCUGACGGUGCUCGCCACGGACGGAGGGGCCGAACCCAGGACCGCCUCUACUGUGCUUACUGUACUAGUUAAGGACUACAAUGAUAAUCCUCCUGUUUUU